UGGACCGGGCCCGCGCCGGGGCCGGGCAGGACGAUGGAGCCCGCCGUGGAACCGGGGUCCGUGGGGCCCCCGGCCUCCAGGCAGCCCAGAGAGGGGCCGAAGAGCCGCGGUCGCCGGGGGUGGCGAAAAGGCAAGGUCAAAGCUUCUGCGUUCUCACACAACAUGGAUCUCCGCACAAUGACGCAGUCACUGGUGACACUCGCAGAAGACAACAUGGCCUUCUUUUCAAGCCAGGGCCCGGGAGAGACCGCGCGGCGGCUGUGCAACGUCUUUGCAGGUGUUCGGGAACAGGCAGUGGGGCUGGAGCCAACGCUAGGCCACCUGCUGGGUGUGGCACACAAUUUUGACCUGGACACCGAAACGCCAGCCAAUGGAUACCGUAGCUUGGUGCACACGGCCCGCUGCUGCCUGGCACACCUACUACACAAAUCCCGCUACGUGGCCUCCAACCGCCGGAGCAUCUUUUUCCGUGCCAGCCACAACCUGGCAGAGCUGGAGGCCUACCUGGCCGCCCUCACGCAGCUCCGUGCUCUGGCCUACUAUGCCCAGCGCCUGCUGGUCAUCAACCGGCCAGGGGUGCUCUUCUUUGAGGGUGAUGAAGGACUCACGGCUGACUUCCUGCAGGACUAUGUCACGCUGCACAAAGGCUGCUUCUAUGGCCGCUGCCUCGGUUUUCAGUUCACGCCCGCCAUCCGGCCGUUCCUGCAGACUCUCUCCAUCGGGCUGGUGUCCUUCGGGGAACACUACAAACGCAACGAGACAGGCCUCAGUGUGACUGCCAGUUCCCUCUUUACUGGUGGCCGAUUCGCCAUAGACCCAGAGCUGCGUGGGUCGGAGUUUGAACGGAUCAUCCAGAAUCUGGAUGUGCACUUCUGGAAGGCCUUCUGGAACAUCACUGAGAUCGAGGUGCUGUCGUCUCUGGCCAACAUGGCAUCAACCACUGUGAGGGUAAGCCGCCUGCUCAGCCUGCCACCUGAGGCCUUUGAGAUGCCACUAACCUCUGACCCCACGCUCACAGUUACCAUCUCACCUCCCUUGGCACACACGGGGCCAGGGCCUGUGCUGGCCAGGCUCAUCUCGUACGACCUGCGGGAAGGACAGGACAGCAAGAUGCUCAACAGUCUCGUGAAGUCUGAGGGCCCACGCCUGGAGCUGCGCCCGCGGCCCCAACAAGCACCCCGCUCUCGGGCCCUGGUUGUCCACAUCCACGGUGGUGGCUUUGUGGCACAGACCUCCAAAUCCCACGAGCCCUACCUCAAGACCUGGGCGCAGGAGCUGGGGGUCCCGAUCAUCUCCAUCGACUACUCCCUGGCCCCCGAGGCCCCCUUCCCCCGGGCGCUCGAGGAGUGCUUUUUCGCCUACUGCUGGGCUGUCAAGCACUGUGCCCUGCUGGGCUCAACAGGAGAGCGGAUCUGCCUGGCAGGGGACAGCGCGGGGGGCAACCUCUGUAUCACCGUGUCCCUCCGGGCGGCAGCCUACGGGGUGAGGGUGCCAGAUGGCAUCAUGGCGGCCUACCCCGUGACCACCCUGCAGUCCUCCGCCUCGCCCUCCCGUCUGCUGAGCCUCAUGGACCCUCUUCUCCCACUGAGCGUCCUCUCUAAGUGUGUCAGCGCCUACUCAGGAGCGGAGAUGGAAGAGCACCCCGACUCCGACCAGAAGGCGCUGGGCAUGAUGGGGCUGGUGCAGCGGGACACCUCCCUGCUCCUCCGAGACCUCCGCCUGGGCGCCUCCUCCUGGCUCAACUCCUUCCUGGAGCUAAGCGGGCGCAAGUCCCAGAAGAGCUCAGCGCCGACACCCGAGGCGGCGCGCCCCGCGGAGACCAUGCGCAGGAGCGUGUCGGAGGCCGCCCUGGCCCAGCCCGAGGCCCUGCUGGGCACAGACUCCCUGAAGGCCCUCACUAUAAAGGACUUGGGCUUUAAGGGAAACUCGGAGACGUCAGACACGCCAGAGAUGUCGCUGUCCAUGGAGACGCUCGGCCCCGCCACGCCCUCCGAUGUCAACUUCUUCCUGCGGCCCGAGAGCUCCACGGAAGACUCCUCCGAGGCCACCGACGACCUGAGCCCCAUGGGCAGAGGCCCACGCGCGCGCACCGCCUUCCCCGAGGGCUUCCACCCGCGCCGCUCCAGCCAGGGCGCCCUGCACAUGCCCCUCUACUCGGCGCCCAUCGUCAAGAACCCCUUCAUGUCUCCCCUGCUGGCCCCGGACAGCAUGCUCAAGACCCUGCCGCCCGUGCACAUAGUGGCGUGCGCUCUGGACCCCAUGCUGGACGACUCCGUCAUGUUCGCCCGGCGACUGCGCGACCUGGGCCAGCCCGUGACCCUGAACGUGGUGGAGGACCUGCCGCACGGCUUCCUGAGCCUGGCGGCGCUGUGCCGCGAGACCCGGCAGGCGGCCGAGCUGUGCGUGCAGCGCAUCCGGACGGUCGUCAGCCCGCCGGCCGCGCCGCUGGUCUGAGCGGGCACGGGGAGGGGGCACUAAAGCACCUCCUACUCCAGCUCCGGCCUCGUGCUCGGCGGCCCGCUCGGGCGGGGCGGGGCGGGGCGGGGCGGGCCGAGCCUUCCCCGGGGCCGGGAGGGCGUGCCGGGGAGGGGGCGCGCCCUCACGGUCCCGCCGACCCUCCCACUGCCUUCUGCUGCUGCUGUAACCGACGCCGUCGGCCUCCUGUAAAUAAAAGUUGUUGACGA